UUCGGGGCCAUGUAUUUGAGGCAAGUUAGCAGUCUAAUAUAUAAAUAUAAGUGUCUAUGGAAGUUAGCCAUUGGCAAUCCAUAAUUAUAUAGUCAAAGAUGACAGGUUUUCUAACCUGUAUAGUCGUCAACGUUAACAAUUGAUAUUUCACUUCGCGGGACAGAGCGAUGUUUAUUUCUGCCAGAUUCUUUCGUUUCGUGCAAAAACGUGUCGAAUGAGCUUAGUUUCACCCAUAUUUGAGAUUACGCAAUAUCUUUCUUGGCUUUAGACACAUCAGAUCUAAAUAUGAUAUUCAAAAGAUUGUUGGAACGAUUUGGAGUAAAAACCAAAGAGCAAGCUUUGUUUUUUAGACAAAGGCUUGCUAUAUUAUAUGCCUUCAUAGGAUGGAAUUCUUUUGGCAUCAUACUUUAUAUGCUUCUAAAGGAAAAAAUGCCAGAAGAUGAUACAGAACGAAGAAUGGCUUAUAGUCUUUUGAGUUCAUCUGGUAAUUUGCAUGUAUAUCAAUUAGAAGGUAUGAAGCUUACCAAUAAUUUUAACAUAGCAUACAAAGUAAAUGAUAAUCAGAUAGAAGAAGAAAAUAAAGAAUGAAAAAGAAAUUAUUAAAACGGACGAGCAUUAGGUAAUUUAACAAUGAUUAUUUUUCAUAACUCUUGUGUAAUAUUACGUAAUAAAAUCAGUAUCAAGAGAUAAAUUUUGUUGAGCUUUACAGUAGACUACAAAGAAUUAAUAAUUAAUAACGCUCAGAAAACAAUAAUUAUACAAUUGAAUAAGUGCUAUCAUUGCUAUAUUUUACUAUUCAUCAUGAAUGUAAAGAUGCUCCAAUCAUUGAUAUAAAUUACAGUGUUUGCUCUACUGUUUUCUGAAUACAACUAAUCAUCAUCGUAUUUCCAAGAAAUCUGUCCAUUAGUCGAAAAAAAAA